UAUUUACAACAAUUAUGACUUUAUACGAUGUCUCAUAUUGCCAGCUACAACCUGUAUUUUGUGCAAUAUUGGGUUCAUCCAAAUCGUGAUUUUUCAACAGACUAAGGAUUAUCUGAAAUUUGUUACAAGAUUGAAUUUGAAGCAUCUAAUGGGUUCUCAUGGAGCAACAAUACCUCCUCAUGUGCUUAUAUUUCCUCUACCAGUUCAAGGCCAUGUGAAUACCAUGCUCAAACUGGCCGAACUCCUUUGUCUUUCUAGCCUCGAUGUUACGUUCAUGGUCUCUGAUUUCAGCCACAGCCGCCUCCUCAAACACUCCACCGUCAUUUCCCGUUUCGAGCAGUAUCCCGGGUUCCGUUUUGAAUCCAUUUCCGAUGGGCUUCCUGAUGACCAUCCUCGAGCGGGGGAGCAAGCCAUGGACAUCCUGCCGUCGACAAAAAACAUAACAGGACCACUCUUCAAGCAGAUGAUGAUUGAGAAGAAUUUAUUGAGUUCCGACACCCGAAGGCCAGUUACCUGCAUCAUAGCUGACGGGGUCUUGAGUUUUGCCUGUGAUUUUGCUGAAGAGAAAGGAAUUCCCCUUAUCUUUUUUCGUACUAUUAGUGCUUGCUCCUUUUGGGCUUAUUUUUGUAUACCUGAACUCAUUGCAGCUGGCGAAAUUCCCCUCAAAGCUGGUAUUGGCAAGGAUCAAAUAGUAAAUAGCGUUCCAGGAAUGGAAGGUUUCCUAAGGUACCGUGACCUGCCAAGCUUUUGCCAGGUCAACGACAUCAAUGAGCCAAAACUUCACAUCAUCGAAUCUGAAACUCGACAAACCACGAGAGCUCAAGCAGUCAUUUUGAACACUUUUGAAGAUUUAGAAGGUGCAAUAGUAUCUCAUAUACGAAAGCACAUACCAAGAAUUUUCACCAUUGGACCAAACAAUGCCCACCUGAAGUCGAGACUCGCACAAAAAGAAUCAGAGAAAUCCAUUCUUUCGUCAAGUUUUUGGGAAGAAGACAGGAGCUGUAUCGAUUGGCUAAAUGAACAGCCACCAAAAUCUGUAAUCUAUGUUAGUUUUGGAAGCAUAACAGUUGUAUCAAGAGACCAGCUAUUGGAGUUUUGGCAUGGAUUGGUGAAUAGUGGACAGAGGUUCUUGUGGGUUAUGAGGCCGGAUUCUAUUGUAGGUGAAGACAAGAAGAAUCAAAUUCCAGUAGAAUUAGAGGAGGGUACAAAGGCAAGGGGUUACAUGGUGGAAUGGGCACCUCAGGAAGAAGUACUAAACAAUGCUGCGGUGGGUGGAUUUUUAACUCACAGCGGAUGGAACUCAACUCUGGAGAGUAUUGUAGCUGGUGUGCCAAUGAUAUGUUGGCCAUAUUUUGCUGAUCAAACGAUAAACAGUAGGUUUGUGAGUGAGGUUUGGAAAAUUGGGUUCGACGUGAAAGAUACUUGUGAUCGAGAAAUUAUUGAGAAAGUUGUAAGAGAGCUUAUAGAAGUAAGGAAGAAUGAGUUCAUGGAAAGGGCAGAAAAUAUGGCAAAACUGGCAAGAAAGGCUGUUAGUGAAGGUGGAUCAUCAUAUUGCAAUUUUGACGGUCUUAUUGAUUACAUCAAAGCAAUGGUCAUUUGAGUAUGCCAUCUGGAAUAUUUGGUUGGCAAUUUGGAAAAAUAUCAUUUUAGUUUAAGGUAGCUUAAAUGUUGCUUCAAUUUAAUUUGUACUCUCUUCUGAAAUUUGCUACAACAUAAGAUUGAAGCAGCUAAUUAAUGGCAUCUCAUGGAGCAACACUACCUCCUCAUGUACUCGAAUAAAUUAUAAGUGAUUACUGAUUAAUGCAGAUUGCAAUCACAAAACUCUUAUCGGUUAAGAUAA